CGCUAGUCACCAGGCUGAAGCUGUAGUCAAGCGUGCUGUACAGCCCGCCGCCAUUUUCUCAAGUAAAGCAAUGUUGUAGACUGUUAUUUUGUGUCUGAGGGAAGGCUGAGGUGAAAGAUCGUGAUCAUGUCGGACGACUGUUUCCUCGACAUUUCUGGAGGCGAUAUUACUAUGGACAAUGUGUCGAAUCCCUCCGUGUUCCCAGUUAACAUGUACCCAGCCAAAAGUCUGCACGCAUCACCCAUAUCACAUUCGAAUGAAAGCACGCGUACUGGAAAUCAUCAUAAUGGAGGUCACGUGGUUGACAAGGUUAAUAAUGCCAGAAUACUCCAUGCAAUACAUCUGAUGAGUAAUCAAGGAAAACGGAAGAGGGGCCCAAGAGAAAAAGACACUUUUCAGCGAUUCGUGUAUUGUCUUCCAGACAAACACGAAAAACUUCCAAAAUUUACAUCAUUUGAUCAUAAUGAAAAAGCUAUCAUCAAAGCGCACCAGCAUGUAGGAUACGGAUAUCCAGCACAGGACUACAGCGGUGGUAUUGCCCAAAAGACACAUAUCAACAUAUCAUACAAUGCCGACCAAUUCAAGGAAUUCAUUCGCACAUUAUUUCCUAAACUGAGGAACCGGAAUUGGGACAUCUAUAGAAUAGAUAAACAGCGACGGCUUCUGCGCGUGGAGCAAGACACACCGAGAGGAAUUAAAGACUUGAAGUACCAGGGAUACCUUCUAGUUAUACCCUAUGAUAAUGUCAAUGACCGACCACAGUCCGUCAUAUACAGGACCGGCGAUGAUUACUUCAUACAGAUUUCAACAGACCAAACCGAUCACGUGACACUCGAUGACACGGAUACGGACCGCGCUACACCUUCCGACACGUGUAGCUUCGAACAACAGGAGGCGGUCAUGCAGGACAUCAGACCUAUUUCAGUUGCCUCCCCUUCGCGACUGACAUCACAGAUGUCUUCUGUUAUGAAGCAACACGUCCCCAAAAGUACCAUGCAGCUACCAACCAUGUCAAAUUGUCACUCAUUUAAAACUGAGGAUGAGAACGAAGUCUCCGUGAAAACGGAGCAGUAUGAAUCUUUCUCCGUGCCUUCUGGAUCAUCCCAACAACAACAUGAUAGUGUUCCUUCCGACAACAAUACCGCCAUGGAAUACACUGAAAAAUCUCAGCUUGUCAGUAUCGCUGAAGCCUACCGAGAUCUUCUUCAAAGUCCCCUGAGUGUGACGAUCCGGAAAGAAAAUCUUGUGGACGACGUCGUACGGCUAUACAGAGGAAAUGUAAACUUUGGAAGUCAUCACAUACGGGUGUUUAUGACUUAUGACGGAUAUUCAAAUGAUAGAAAUCAUACUAUCCCAACAGGCACUCUCUUUGUAAUGUUUUGGCGGGAAAUAUUAGAUAAGUUCUUUAGGGGUAGCCGUGAGUAUGUCCCCAUCGUUGACCCCGACACGGAUGAAGAAUUGUAUGUCACGCUUGGGAAAAUACUAUAUCAUGGACUUGUGAUGUUUGACUAUUGGCCCGUUACACUGGCACAAGCUUGUACUGCGGUGAUUUUAACAGAGAAGUGUUCGGACAGUCAGUUGACCACUUCAUUCUACAAUGUCAUGUCUGAAUCGGAGAAAGCGGUUGUGAGUGAAGCUAAGAAGGAAAUCAGAUCAAAUAUGAUCGAAUUUUCACUUCCUGUAUUGAGAAACCUUUGUAAGGUGUUGCGGCCAUACGGAAAUACAGUGAGACCACAGCCGCGUACAUUUGAGGGUCUGAUUCUACACCUAUCCAGGUUCCACCUUGUUCGGAAUUCAUAUUGGGCCCUGUCGGGCAUAAGUGCAGGGUUCAUAUCGAGUUUCUCCGGGAAUUUACCGGUCAUUACCGAACACGACGUCUUCAAAAUGUAUGCCCGCUUGUCGCCUAAUGCCUUGGCAUUGUUCGAGAAAGUCAAUUUUAUCUUUAGUCCAUCCAAUCAAACCUCUUGCAUAGACAUGGAGGAAAAGCGAACGAAGAUGUACCUUGAAGUGGCCAUUAUGAGGAUGACGACACAGCAGAUAGCCCGGAUUUUAACAAUGUGGUGUUAUUUUGACUGUCUAUGUGUCGACCAGCUUUUCACGAGGUUCCACGCUCAGUCGGUGUCGGAGCCGCCUGUUUUCGCUCCGGACACCAGAACCCUAAAUAUAUCGUCCGUAUACAGCUCUCAGGAGGAGUUCAGCUCCUUACUUACGUCACAGUUGGAGGAAUCUACUGAUGUCACAAGUGAAGUAGUCACCAUCUAAUGAGUACAGUGACGUCACAAGUGACGUAGUCACCAUUUAAUGAGCUCAGUGACGUCUCAAGUGAUGUAGUGCCAAUUUAACUUCCCCGAUGCUGUAAAGAUUUACCGACGUCAUUACCAGAAUUUGACACAAUUUGUUUAUUUUCACAUUUGUUAUCAGCGACAAAAAUGAAAAUGCCAGGUGCAAUUAUGUCUAUACUAACAACACGAUAAACGCCAUGGCUGAUAUUUGUCAAAAGUUUCAACGUUUACUGAUGAGGGUUAAUCCCGAUAGUACCACUGUAUUUGCUCUUCAGUCGUAUUAACAUCAGAGUAUUGUGUAAGUAAAAGAUGUCGAUUUUUAUGAUGAUGUUAUAUAAGAUGGAGGGGAAAUAAAAGAGUCCUUUCCAAACUUGGAUCCUCUGCGUCAACACGAUUAUGUAGAGAAUGUGUGAGCAUGUAUAUCGGUCAAGAGAACCCGCUCCAAAUGCAACACGCUUACGGGAUAUGCUUGUUUGUACAUGUAACGAAAAUCGAUCUCGCCUUUAACUCAUUUGAUAGAGAAUUGUUUAUCCACUCCAGCUUUUGUUCUGAGAUCGCCUUUACACUUCCUUGAUUUUGUUCCGAGAUCGCCUUUUACAAUUCCUUGAAUUUGUGCGGAGAUCGCUUUUUACAAUUCCUUGAAUUUGUGCGGAGAUCGCCUUUUACACUUCCUUGAUCUUGUUCUGAGAUCGCUUUUACAAUUCCUUGAAUUUGUGCGGAGAUCGCCUUUUACAGUUCUUUGAAUUUGUAAACAUUAUUGAGGCUCUAAAGGUGUCGCGUUUUUAAAACUACACCGUAUCCUGUUUGAUUGUCUUUCCGCAUAGAUGUCUUUCGUGUUAUCAUUGUUUUAAUUUCCUCCUCUUGAAUUAUUCCUGUCUGCAAUAGUAUUUUUAUUUAAUUAAUAUGUAAAAGAAUAAAUAUUCCGAGAGAUGCACGUUAA